AUGUCGGAUACCUUUACACCACCACAGGGUCUAGCACCCGAGAUGUAUGAAUCGCGGGCCGGGGUUGUCAUCGCCGUCGUGGCAGUUUGCUUGACGACGGCCACAACUGCCGUAGGGUUGCGGUCCUAUUCCCGUGCGACACUGAUUCGUCAAUUCGGGAUGGACGAUUGGGCUGCUAUUGUAGCCCUUCUUUUGGCGAUGGGCAGUGGGAUCAUGGUCGCUUCAAAUACAAUUUAUGGACAUGGCAAACACAUCGCGGUCGUGGACGGGUCUCAGCUGUGGAAAUAUUUUAGGACAUUCUACACCUCCAUCGUCCUCUAUAACGGGUCAUUGACAGCUAUCAAAAUCACCUUCCUCCUCCAAUACUGGCGCAUUCUGGGGACACCACAGAUGAGAAAGGUGGUGAUGUUUGCUGGAAUCAUUGUUGCCUUGUGGUCCAUCUCCCAACUACUCGUCGUCAUCUUCACCUGCACGCCCAUCGAGAGGUUUUGGCUGCCAGAAACGCCGGGAACUUGCAUUCCCAACCUGCCUUUCUGGUAUAUCAACGCGGCCGGCAACAUUGUUACCGAUGUUAUCGUUUUUGUCGUUCCCUUGCCAGCUCUUAGCAAGCUGAACCUGAAGAAGAACCAAAAGGUCGCAUUGAUCGGUAUCUUUUGCUUGGGUUUCUUUACCUGCGCCAUCUCCGUUAUCCGCAUCCAGUACCUCCGCCUCAGCGAGGAUGUCACAUGGGACAACGUCGCCUCCUCAUGCUGGUCCGUCGGUGAGCUCUGCUCCGGCAUCACCUGUGCCUGCCUCCCUACUCUCCGCCCUCUCGUCGCCAAGAUCUUUCCCUCUAUGAACUCGAGCAACGACAGCUACGGCAGCUAUCAAAAGUCCUCCGGCCGUGAUGGGACGGCCCCAAGCAAGAGCAAGAGAUCCCGCAACGAGACAGGGAGCACGAGGAGCAUCAUCUACCCCGAGGAUGUGGAGCUCCAGAGCGAUGACAGGUCAGACAAGGAGGUCAGGGUGGACAGGGUGGAGGACCACGCGCAGUAUGGGGAUGCGGUGGGCAAGCUCAAGCUGGGUCUCAAGCCUUCGGUCACUACGGAGAUCAAGGUCGGGACACCUGGGCCGACUUCUUCGAGACCGGUACCGAGUUCGCAGUGGGGUAGGGGGAUUGAGGUGAAGCAUGAUUUGGUUGUUACCAAGGAGGGGUUCUAAGUUUCCUUUGUUUUGUUGUUGUUCUUGUACAAAAAAGGUUUUGCUCUGGUAAUAGAUGGAUGGGAUAUGUUAGGAACGAGGAUUAUACCCGGUGGGCUGUGUCAAAGUACACGAUGGACCAGUUACGAAAUGUAAAAAAGUAAAAUGAAAAAAAAAACAACAUUUCAGAAUACCAUCA